AGGACGCCUUCAGGAACAGACACCGGUGCCAUGACGCCUGAGCGACGGAAAUGGUACGACUCAAACUCGUCGCAAGACACACUGGCGACGCUCAUCGGUGCUUCGGCAAGUCUAGCGAAGCCAGCACAACCUCAGAGUGACCACAAAAGACCCAAACCGCCUCACAAGAGGGCACACAGCAUGGCUGGCCGUCUAAGUCAGAUUUUAAAACAGGAAGAGAUGCGCGUCAAGGUCCACAUUGCUGGAACCUUAGCACGUCAAGAGUUCAUUCUGAAGUUGUGUCGCGCUCUCAUGCUCUACGGUGCACCAACCCACCGGCUUGAAGAGUACCUCACCAUGACCUCAAGAGCGCUCGAGAUCGAAGCCCAAUUCCUCUACAUCCCAGGAUGCAUGAUUAUCUCUUUCGACGAUACCGAGACGCACACCACCGCUGUAAAGCUUGUGAGGCUCGCGCAAGGCAUCGACCUUGGACGACUCAAAGAUGUCCACAGAAUCUACAAAGAAGUUCUGCAUGAUGUGAUAGGGAUGGAAGAAGCAACCGGCCAGCUGGACGAACUGAUGGGCAAAAAGCCUAAAUUCCACCCAUGGCUCCGAGUGCUGGUUUUUGGGAUCACCAGCCUCACUGCCGCUCCAUUUUCAUUCAGUGCUAGGCUGAUUGACUUGCCAAUCUGCUUCUUCUUCGGCUGCCUUGUCGGCACUAUGCAGCUCAUCCUGGCUCCGCUUUCUCCGCUCUAUAGCAAUGUCCUGGAAGUCUCUGCUACGGUCAUCGUGAGCUUCCUGGCGCGAGCCUUUGGCAGCAUUCGCGGUGGAGACUUGUUUUGCUUCUCUGCUCUAGCACAAGGCGGUAUAGUGAUGCUCCUGCCAGGGUACAUGUUCCUAUCUUCAUCCCUAGAGCUACAAGCACGAGCAAUCGUGCCAGGGUCUAUCCGGAUUGUUUAUGGAAUCGUGUACUCCCUUCUCCUGGGAUUCGGUAUCACCAUUGGUGCGGCACUCUACGGGCUGAUGGACCAAAACGCAACUUCGAACCUCACCUGCGCAAAUCCGAUCCCUGGCCUCUACGCUUUCACCUUCGUGCCAUUUUUCGUCCUGUGCAUCAGCAUACUCUACCAAUCGAAGUGGAAACAAAUGCCAAUAAUGGUGGUCAUCGCUUUUGCCGGCUACGUGGUGAACUACUUCAGUAGUCUUCGAUUCCCCACAAGCCCUCAGAUUGCUAGCGGAUUCGGAGCUUUCGCGGUCGGCACACUGGCCAACUUGUAUUCAAGAUUUCGUCAUGGUGUUGCAGCUGCGAUUCUGGUUCCUGCCAUCUUCACCCAGGUACCUGGCGGCCUAGCAAGCAACGGAGGGCUUUUGAGCGGGCUCCAAGUUGCGAACGAAAUCAAUAAUGCAACGAACGCCAUAAAUGGAACUGCCGCCAAUAUAGAGGCCAGCACGAAUCCAAAUUAUGUGGUAUUCAAUGUUGCAAGCAGCAUGAUCCAGAUUGCGAUAGGUAUCACGGUCGGCCUAUUCAUGAGCGCACUAGUGGUAUAUCCACUAGGAAAGCGGAGGAGUGGAUUGUUCAGC